CAGGCGCUGUUUGGGCGCCUGCGCAGUGGCUCUGUCGGAGCUCGGCGCUGUUGGCUGCGUGUUGGACGCGCCAUGGACGACGAGGAGGAGACUUACCGGCUCUGGAAGAUCCGCAAGACCAUCAUGCAGCUGUGCCAUGAUCGGGGCUAUCUGGUGACCCAGGAUGAAUUGGAUCAGACCUUAGAAGAGUUUAAAGCCCAAUUUGGUGAUAAGCCCAGUGAAGGGAGACCACGGCGGACUGACCUUACAGUGCUGGUGGCCCAUAAUGAUGAUCCCACAGAUCAGAUGUUUGUCUUCUUCCCUGAGGAGCCCAAGGUUGGGAUAAAGACGAUCAAGAUGUACUGCCAGAGAAUGCAGGAAGAGAACAUCACCAGGGCUCUGAUUGUGGUGCAGCAGGGCAUGACGCCCUCAGCAAAGCAGUCAUUGGUGGACAUGGCUCCCAAAUACAUCCUGGAACAAUUCCUGCAGCAAGAGCUGCUGAUCAACAUCACAGAGCACGAGUUGGUUCCAGAGCACGUGGUCAUGACGAAGGAAGAAGUAACUGAACUGCUAGCCAGAUAUAAACUGAGAGAGAACCAGCUCCCCAGGAUACAGGCUGGAGAUCCCGUGGCCAGGUACUUCGGAAUAAAGCGAGGGCAGGUGGUCAAGAUCAUAAGACCUAGUGAGACUGCAGGGCGAUACAUCACCUACCGACUGGUUCAGUAGAGUGUGCUGUACAUCAGGUAUGGAAGAGGAAUCCUGUGUUAUCUGAUCUACGCCCUGUCGGCUCUCUGGGUUGUCUGUCAUCUUAAAUACGGACCCUUGAAUGUGAUUUCAGGUCAUAGCACUAUUGCAGGGCCUUAGUUUUCCUUUGCGCUCGCUUACCUCUCUCUCACUCCCUGGAGGCCUCCUGCCUGGACCGAAGCUCAGUGCAAUGGGCUAUUUAAUUUUAUUUUGAAUGGAAUUUUAUUUUAAUAAAGGUUUGUGCUACA